CAGACUCCUACUAAACCCAUUUACUUCAUCUGUUUCGCAACCUCGCGCCAUAUCGUGUUUCCUAAGAAACCCAGAGCUCAAACUGUGUUUCCCGAGAAACCCACGCUCAAGGAUAAUGGGUCGAAGAAACUUAAGCAUGAGGACCCUCCAGAAUAGGAAUGCUCGCAGGGCAUUGUUCGAGAGGAGGAAGAAGGGUUUAUUGAAGAAAGCUUCUGAGCUCUCCACACUCUGUGGAAUCGAGGCCUGUGUGAUAAUCUUCCCUCCUCCUGAUUCUGAAAACCCUAAAGUUGAAACAUUUCCUCAAGAUCCCGCACAGGUGAUUCGAAAUAUUCAAGAGUAUAAUGCUAAGAGGAAAUGCCCAGAGAAACUGAGGAAGAACUAUGAUCUCUGUGAGUUCUUCAAUGAUAGGAAGAAUCAGGUUGAAGCUGAGACUUCCAGAAUCCGUGAACAGAGAUUCAAGAUGCUGUAUCCAACCUGGGAUGACAGCUUCAACAACCUUGGAGAGGGUCAGCUAAGGAUGUUUAUUACGGCUUUGGAUUCUAAGCUUCAAGAGUGUAAUCAAACAAUUGGGUUGCUGAAAUCAAAGAAAUCAGAUAUGACUGUGGUUCCAAUUGGUUCCAACUCGUUGAAUGAUCAUUGUUUGGAGAUGCCUGUUACUAUAAUUUCUGCUGAUCAUCUUUCAGACGAAACCCACCUGGGUUUUAUGCAGAAUAUGAGUGAUGAAUCCAACGCUGUCUCUGCUCCAACAAAACCACUUGUUGCCGAUAAUAACACUGACAUGUUAGAAUCUUACUCUCUUCAAGCUCACACACUUGGCUUUUGUUCAACCUGUGGUCACAGAUUCGACAACCCAACAGAGAAGCGGCCGAGGAUGUUUACUGGUUCAACCUCGGAUUCUGACAAUCUUCAAGAGUGUUAUUAUCAAAUGAUCGACAUGUUUAAAACAAAGUCUUUGAAUGAUCAGUGUAUGGGAACACCUAUAGUUCCUCUUCAAGAUAUUUCAAACCAGUGCCAACCGAGUUUCUUGCAGAAUACAUUAUCAGAAGACAACCUUGUUUGUCCUCGUACGAAGACACUUGUAGAUAAUACCAGUAAUGGCCUGACAGAAUCUUACUCUCUUCUGGAUCAGAUGCUUCAUCACGGUUUGGAGAAUAUUAAUUUAGACAUGCUUUUGGGUUUAGAAUUUGAUCCGUUUGAUCCCAUUCUUGUUUAGAUUCAGCAAAACUUUUGAAACAGUUCUGCUGCUAAUUAACUGUAUUCGGUUGUAGUGAGGUAGAGCUUUAGUAGCUAACUUGACCCAGAUCGAUGGUUCUGUCCAUGGAUUAUUCGCUGUGUUAUCUAUAAUAUUUCUUUUCCUGGUUUUAGGUCUCAACAAGAGUGACACUUUCUCUUGAUGCUGUUUCUGUACAAAUUUCUAGCAUGUUUGACA